AUGUCCGAACAGCCCAACGGUGCGCCCGUCGCAGGCGCACCUGCUGCACCAACUCAACAGCCCAACACCUCAGCAAAGGCCGAGACGAUCGCAAAGGAUGUAAAGCCCGCUGCCCCCGCGAAGGGUCAGCCUGCAAAGGACAAGGAUGACAAGAAGCCAGCAGAUGCUUCAGCAGGAGAGAAGAAGCUCACAGGUGCCGAGCUCAAGGCCAAGGCCAAGGCAGAAAAGGCUGCCCGACGAGCACAGCAGAAGAACACAAAGGAGGUCGCCAAAGCAGAGGCGGCUGUAUCCUCAUCUCCGCUCCAACUUGGACCUGCUGCCUCUGAAGUAAAGGGCAAGCCAAAGGGCAAAGAUGCUGCAGCUGGUGCGGCGGGAAGCAGACCCGUCCUAGCCAAGGCCCCUCCCUCAUCGAUCAUCACGGAGCAGAAGAUUCAAAUUCCAGAGUGCUUCAGUCAUUUGUCUAUGGCCAAGAGAAUACCCAUGACACAGGCCGACAAGGAUGUGCACCCUGUUGUUCUUGCUCUGGGACAGCAGAUGGCUACGUUUGCCAUUGACGAGAGCAUCACAAGACUGCGAGCGACGCUUCUUGCAUUCAAGAAGGUCAUCCAAUCAUACACCACGCCCCCUGGUCAUACACUGGCCAGACAUUUCACACCACACGUUCUCAACCCACAAAUCGAAUAUCUGACAGCAUGUCGUCCGAUGUGCUUUUCUAUGGGUAAUGCCAUAAGAUGGCUUAAGCUCCAAGUCAGUAAGAUCGAUAUGGACGCAACUGAGGAGGACGCCAAGCGGGAUCUUUGCCAUGCCAUUGAUACUUUCGUGGCUGAGCGCAUCACUGUGGCAGAGGAAGUAGUCACCGAGGCUGGUGCAAAGUCUAUCCAAGAUGGCGAUGUUGUUCUCACCUACGGCAGAAGCACUGGGGUCGAGCGGGCACUACUUCUUGCCCGAGCCUCUGGAACAAAAUUCUCUGUUUUCGUCAUUGACGACCCUUACGAGAAGCCCGGCCAGAUUAUGGCAAAGAACUUGGCUGCAGCAGACAUUGAUGUCUCGUACAGCGGCGAUUUGGGCGGCCUGGUCAACCACCUCAAGAGAGCAAACAAGGUUCUCGUCGGAGCUGAGGCGGUAUUCAGCAAUGGCGCUCUGUACGCACGAUCUGGAACAUGCGAUAUUGCAUUGGCUGCCCAAGAACUCAACCUCGGUGUUGUUGUUCUGUGCCAGACGAUCAACAUUACAGAAAGGGUCGCUACCGACUCACUGACGUACAACGAAAUUGACCCGGAGAGAUGUCAAGCUGCGUCGUUCCGUUUGCUAUAUGAUACCACCCCAGACAAAUACCUGCACCUUUUGAUUACGGAGCUGGGAACCGUCCAGCCGAGAUCUGCCCCCGAUCUGCUAAGAAAGCUCGAAGAGUUCAACUAG